CAAAUCCAUUCACCAACUCCUCAUCUCUUAUAUAUCAACUCCGCUCCUACCCCUUGUAUUGCUAAAAACGAUUCCAACCACAUCUCUCCAUUUUUCUCUCUUUCAUCAUGUCUCUCCUUCUAAUUCCAAUCUCAUUUCUCCUCCUCCUCUUGGUAUACAAGCUCUACCUAAGCCUCCGCUUCAAGCUUCCCCCCGGCCCACGCCCCUGGCCGAUCGUCGGCAACCUCUACGACGUCAAGCCGGUUAGAUUCCGAUGCUACGCCGAGUGGGCUAAGUCUUAUGGUCCGAUAAUUUCUGUUUGGUUCGGUUCAACUUUGAAUGUGAUCGUUUCGAAUACAGAAUUGGCUAGAGAAGUGCUGAAGGAGAAUGAUCAGCAGUUGGCUGAUCGACAUCGGAGUCGGUCAGCUGCAAAGUUUAGCAGAGAUGGAAAAGAUCUUAUAUGGGCUGACUAUGGACCUCACUAUGUAAAGGUGAGAAAAGUGUGUACUCUUGAGCUUUUCACGCCCAAGAGACUCGAGGCUUUGAGACCAAUUAGAGAAGAUGAGGUCACUGCCAUGGUUGAAUCUAUUUUCAUGGACUGCACCAAUUUAGAAAACAAUGGCAAAAGUUUGCUAGUGAAGAAGUAUUUGGGAGCAGUUGCAUUCAACAACAUAACAAGGCUUGCAUUUGGCAAGCGGUUCGUGAACUCGGAGGGUAUAAUGGACGAACAAGGCAAAGAAUUUAAGGCAGUUGUGUCCAAUGGUCUUAAGCUAGGUGCAUCACUUGCCAUGGCAGAGCACAUUCCAUGGCUUCGCUGGAUGUUCCCACUAGAGGAAGAGGCUUUUGCCAAGCAUGGAGCUCGAAGGGACCGCCUCACUCGAGCUAUUAUGGAAGAACAUACACUUGCUCGUCAGAAGAGUGGAGGUGCCAAGCAACAUUUUGUUGAUGCAUUGCUUACUUUGCAGGAGAAAUAUGACCUUAGUGAGGAUACAAUCAUUGGACUCCUUUGGGACAUGAUUACUGCAGGAAUGGACACAACUGCAAUAACAGUAGAAUGGACAAUGGCUGAGCUAAUUAAGAACCCAAGAGUGCAACAGAAGGCUCAAGAGGAGCUAGACCGUGUCGUUGGGUUUGAACGUGUGAUGACCGAGGCUGAUUUCUCAAAUCUACCUUACCUACAAUGUGUGGCUAAAGAAGGACUAAGGUUGCACCCUCCAACACCAUUAAUGCUUCCUCACCGUGCCAAUGCUAAUGUCAAGCUUGGUGGCUAUGACAUACCUAAGGGAUCAAAUGUCCAUGUAAACGUAUGGGCCGUAGCUCGUGAUCCGGCAGCCUGGAAGAACCCAGAAGAGUUCCGACCGGAGAGGUUCCUCGAGGAGGAUGUUGACAUGAAGGGUCAUGAUUUCCGGCUGCUUCCAUUUGGUGCUGGAAGGAGGGUGUGCCCUGGUGCACAGCUUGGUAUCAAUUUGGUCACAUCUAUGUUAGGUCACUUGUUGCACCAUUUUCGUUGGACACCAGCUGAUGGCGUGAAGCCAGAGGAAAUUGAUAUGUCAGAAAAUCCAGGAUUGGUCACAUACAUGAGAACCCCAUUACAAGCUGUGGCCACACCUCGGCUGCCUUCAGAUUUGUACAAACGAGUGGCUGUAGAUAUGUAAUUUGGUAAUGCUUGUGUUACUCCAGUUGUGGUAGGCUUUGCAUUUUGGUUACCACUUUGCAUUUUGGAACUUAAAAGAGUUGAACCUACUAGCCAAAACCCAAAUAAAGAGGACAAAUUUACUAAUGUGAUAUGGAUUUUUUUUUUAAAAAAAAUUUCUAGUGAACAAAUCUCUUAUUUGUAAUACUUCUGUUGAUUGCAGUAAAUUUGCAGCCUUCGGGUAUACACGUGAAA